UCUUUUCAAACCUACUUCUCCGCUGUUUGGAACAACCAUUUUCAUUUCAUUUUCGUUUCUAGAUUCACGCUCCCAUUCCCACCUCACUCAUUCACUCACACACAAUGGCACCUUCACUCGUACCUAACGGGACCCUCACCACCGCUCCAGUCACCGGUAGAUUCGCCUCCGUCUACAGUGAGGUCCAAAACAGCCGCGUCAACCACGCGCUCCCUCUUCCCUCUGUUCUCAAAAGUCCCUUCACCAUUGUCGACGGUCCCCAAAGCUCCGCUGCCGGAAACCCAGAUGAGAUCGCGAAGCUGUUUCCGCAUUUGUUCGGACAACCUUCCGCAGCAUUGGUGCCUAGCGAUUCACACGUGGCGCAGCCGCAUCGCACGUUGAAGAUCGGCGUGGUUCUCUCUGGAGGCCAGGCUCCUGGCGGCCACAAUGUCAUUUCUGGAAUCUUCGAUUACCUGCAAGUUCGCGCAGAAGGAAGCACAUUGUAUGGUUUCAGAGGUGGUCCUGCUGGCAUCAUGAAGUGCAAAUACGUUGAACUAACCUCUGACUAUAUUUAUCCUUAUAGAAAUCAGGGUGGCUUUGACAUGAUUUGCAGUGGGAGGGAUAAGAUUGAGACACCGGAGCAGUUUAAACAAGCUGAAGAAACGGCAAGGAAGCUAGACUUGGAUGGGCUCGUUGUUAUUGGUGGAGAUGACUCAAACACCAAUGCAUGCCUUCUUGCUGAGAACUUCAGGAGCAAAAAUUUGAAAACACGUGUGAUUGGAUGCCCUAAAACCAUUGAUGGUGAUUUGAAAUGCAAGGAAGUUCCCACAAGUUUUGGGUUUGAUACUGCAUGCAAGAUAUAUGCAGAAAUGAUUGGAAAUGUUAUGAUUGAUGCCCGAUCAACCGGAAAAUAUUACCAUUUUGUGCGGCUCAUGGGGCGUGCAGCUUCACACAUUACACUGGAAUGUGCUUUACAAACUCAUCCAAACGUUACAAUUAUUGGAGAAGAGGUUGCUGCAAAGAAGCUGACACUGAAAAAUGUGACAGACUAUAUUGUUGAUGUUAUUUGUAAAAGAGCUGAAGUUAAUUAUAACUAUGGUGUUAUUCUUAUCCCUGAAGGUCUUAUUGAUUUCAUUCCUGAGGUCCAGCAUCUUAUUGCAGAACUCAAUGAAAUUCUAGCCCAUGAUAUUGUGGAUGAGGGUGGGUUAUGGAAGAAGAAACUCACUGAUCAGUCAUUAAAACUUUUUGAAUUUUUACCUCAAGCAAUUCAAGAACAAUUGAUGCUUGAACGAGAUCCACAUGGAAAUGUUCAGGUUGCCAAGAUAGAAACAGAAAAAAUGCUUAUUCAAAUGGCUGAAACUGAGUUGGAGAAGAGAAAGCAAGAAGGCAAAUAUAAAGGCGAAUUUAGGGGGCAAUCUCACUUUUUCGGUUAUGAAGGGAGAUGCGGUUUGCCAACUAAUUUUGAUGCUAAUUAUUGCUAUGCUCUUGGUUAUGGUGCUGGAGCCCUCCUUGAAAGUGGGAAGACUGGAUUAAUAUCAUCAGUCGGUAAUUUAUGUGCUCCAGUAGAAGAAUGGACUGUUGGUGGAACUGCACUCACCUCACUAAUGGAUGUGGAGAGGAGGCAUGGUAAAUUCAAGCCUGUGAUCAAGAAGGCAAUGGUGGAGCUUGAAGGUGCACCCUUCAAAAAGUUUGCCUCCUUGCGGGAUGAAUGGGCCCUGAAGAAUUGCUACAUCAGUCCAGGUCCAAUCCAAUUUGCCGGCCCUGGAUCCGAUGCAAUUAAUCACACUCUACUCCUAGAGCUUGAAGCCCUAGCUUAAGCAUAGAAUGAGGCCCUUGUUUUUAUUCAUGUUGUUCUUCGGGAUCUUGCAAAUAUAGUUGAACUGAAACUAGC